GACCUAGAUUCCAUUUUGAUUCAAGCUCCUCGCUGGCUUAGUGUUACUGAAGCACGUAUUGCUGCUGCUCUAGAAAAGGCCUUACUGAUUCCGACAUUCUGCUCGCUAUGCUGUUCGGUGAAAUGUGUGCAUGCCUCUAGAGAGGCGUCGAUCUUGUCAUCGUGUCGAAAUUCAGGUUCAAGCUCAGGAGGAAGCUUUGGCUUCUGUGGUGUAGGCUCCGGCGUUUGUUGAGCGUAGCCAUGCUUCCAGACAUGCCGAUGGACCUUUUUCGGUCCGAGGAGAUGCAGUUAGUGCAGCUUAUCAUUCCCGCCGAAGCUGCACAUAACACCAUCGCUCAUCUUGGGGAGAUCGGUCUACUGCAGUUUAGGGAUUUAAAUCCGGACAAGAGCCCAUUUCAGCGAACCUAUGCAAAUCAGGUUAAGCGAUGCGGGGAAAUGGCUCGAAAGCUUCGCUAUUUCAAGGAUCAAUCCGUGAAGGCCGGAAUUCUUCCCAGUAGUCCAGCGCCUUUGGACAAGGAUUUUGACCUUGACGACUUGGAGAUCAAAUUGGCCGAGCUGGAGGCGGAAUUGCUGGAGAUAAAUGCUAACGCUGAGAAGCUUCUCCGAAGCCGAAAUGAGCUGAAUGAAUUACAGCUCGUCCUUGAAAAGAUGGACGCUGCUGUUCACCAGAGAGAGUUUGAAGAAGCAAGCUCAGGCCGGGAAAUAACAUCUGACACAGCUUUGCUAUUGGAGCAGGUGGUACAUGAUACUGGUCACACGAACUCACUUGAGCAGUCUCUUCCUCAGGAAAUGGUCUCAGACCCAGGCAAGCAGAUGCGCCUUGGCUUCGUUACAGGGCUUGUCCCUAAGGUCAAAGCUGCAACAUUCGAGAGGAUUCUGUUUCGAGCAACUCGUGGAAACAUGUACCUUAAGCAGGAGGAGCUUGACGAGCCAGUAGUGGAUCCGGCAACAGCAGAAGAGGUGGAGAAGGUGGUCUUCGUUGUGUUCUUUGCUGGUGAGCGAGCUCGGACCAAGAUCAUGAAGAUCUGUGAGGCGUUCGGUGCAAAUCGUUACCCUUUCCCAGAGGACCCACAGAAGCAGAGGCAAAUGCAUUCAGAGGUGAUUGCACGGUUAUCAGAGUUGCAGACCACCAUUGAUGCAGGCAACAGACACAGAGAUAGCUUGCUGAACAACAUAAGCUACCAGAUUGAGAACUGGGCAAGCCUGGUUCGGAGGGAAAAGGCCAUUUACCACAUACUGAACCAGCUGUCCAUUGAUGUCACUCGCAAGUGCCUUCUGGCAGAGGCAUGGUGCCCUGUUUAUGCAAAGUCCGAGAUUCAAGAUGCUCUUCAUCGUGCAGUGACCAUGAGCAAGGCCGACGUGGGUACCAUCUUCCAGACGAUUCGGUCUGGCGAGUCCCCUCCCACGUAUUUUAAGACCAACAAGUUCACUGUUGCUUUCCAAGGGAUCAUCGAUGCUUACGGCAUGGCACGGUACCGGGAGGCCAACCCUGGAGUUUUUACCAUCAUCACCUUUCCUUUCCUCUUCGCCGUCAUGUUUGGUGACUGGGGUCAUGGCAUCCUGAUGCUCCUUGCAUCCCUUUGGCUUGUCAAGAACGAGAGGAAGUUGGGCUCACAGAAACUUGGCGAUAUCAUGGAGAUGGUUUAUGGAGGCCGCUAUCUCAUCCUGCUCAUGUCUAUCUUCUCCAUCUACACUGGCUUCAUCUACAACGAGUUCUUUGCUGUCGCCUUCGACUUUGCCAUAUUUGGUGGCUCGGCAUACACUUGCCGCUCCCCAGACUGCGGUGAUGCUGCCUCUGCUGGUUUGGUUAAGACAGGCAACACAUAUCUCUUUGGGGUAGACCCCCGGUGGAAGGGCUCACGCACAGAGCUGCCCUUUCUGAACUCGCUAAAGAUGAAGAUGAGCAUUGUGCUGGGAGUCACUCACAUGUUCCUGGGCCUUGGUCUCAGCCUCUGCAACGCCCUCUUCUUUGACCUGCCUCUCAACAUUUGGUACGAGUUCAUCCCACAGGUCCUCUUUCUGGCUUCGCUGUUCGGCUACCUCUCUCUGCUCAUCAUCGUCAAGUGGGUCACAGCGUCUCAAGCUGACCUGUACCACGUCAUGAUCUACAUGUUCCUCAACCCCGCUGAGCCACUCGGAGAGAACCAGUUGUUCUGGGGCCAAGGAACUCUCCAGAUCGUUCUGUUGCUUAUUGCACUGGUUUCAGUUCCAUGGAUGCUUUUCCCGAAGCCGCUGAUUCUACGAGCUGAGCACAUGAAGAAGCGUCAAGGGCGAGCCUACGCAGCACUGAACUCAGACAAUGAACUGUAUGAGAUGGAGGCGCUGCAUCCAGGGGAGGAGGGGCACGUGCAGCAGCAUCACCAUGAGGAUGAGUUUGAGUUCGGAGAGGUGAUGGUGCAUCAGAUGAUUCAUACCAUUGAGUUUGUACUGGGCGCUGUCUCCAACACGGCAUCGUACCUGCGUCUCUGGGCCCUCAGCUUGGCACAUGCGGAGCUUUCAGCUGUCUUCUUUGAGCGAGUCCUGCUUCCAGCAUUUGAGUCUGGAAACAUCAUCUUCAUUAUCAUUGGCUUCUUUGUCUUCGCAUCAGCAACUGUCGGUGUGCUUCUACUCAUGGAGACUCUCAGUGCUUUCCUGCACGCUCUUCGUCUGCACUGGGUUGAGUUCAUGAACAAGUUCUACACUGGAGAUGGCUACAAGUUUCAACCAUUCUCCUUCGAUACAAUCACAGAUGACGAAGAGUAGAACACAACAUGAUGUUUGCAGCAUGCUUCUAGUUAGUAUUCAUUCAUGAGCUGCCACGACUCUAACCCUCCUUAACGACUAGUUACCAGCUGAUAAUAGUUUUUACGUAAAAGGGUGUUUUGUAGUAAUCAUUGUCAACUUAUACAUAUUAUCUAUGUAGAAGUUAUAGGCUAGACUGAGGUAUGCUUCUAGUGAGUACAACCAACUAGUAUUUGUUCUAGGUUUCCACCUCUACUGCACUUACAGUUAAGUUCAGCCAUGUUGUCACACUUCUGUUUAUCACUGAACUGUUGUAAGGGGACACCUAGAGCACUAAUU